UUCCAUCCUAAGUAAAUCACCUGGAUUAAUCACCGACUAAAGUGUAAAGACCGCCAUUUAUCAUCAGAAGCCGACAUAUUCAUCACAAAAAGAAACAUGAAUUUCCAGUCAAUUUGCCUGAUGAUUGCAAUGAUAAUCAAUUUAACUAUAGUCACUGCGACUUCAACAGUUGCCAUUAACACCAUUGAAAAUGAAGUGACUUCAUCUUCAUCACUUUUACCUUCAACUUUAUCAACUCCUUCUUCCCAUCGAACUGGUAAACAAUUUAUUGAUGAAUUGGUCCAAAAUGGUACUCUUGAUUCAAUUCCAGGUAAACAGAUUAUCAAACUUCUUGAUCCACCAACCAAAGGAUUGAUCAAUAAGAUAAUUCAUUCCAUGAAAGACUCAACUAUGGACAAGGUUGACCUGAUUGGACUUUCGGGUAUUGAAGUUCUUAGAAUGGUUGAGAAACAAUCAAAAGGACAGGUUAGUUCGAGCUUAAACAAUGUGGCCGAAAAAGAUUUGGCUUCAAGAUGGAACCAAUUGAAGGAAAGUUCAACUCAAAGCAAAUCUAAACGAGCUGGACCCGACUCAAUGUCAGGCUGGGUUGUCGGUUCUUCAAAACGAAGUGCUAGAAGUGUGCAGCCCGAAGAGUUUACUGGUUCACCAAGUAAACGCAACUUUGAUGAAAUUGAUCGAUCAGAAUUAUCUGGUUUUGCUGGUAAAAGAAAUUUCGAUGAAAUCGACCGAUCCGCUUUUGUCGGUUUCAAUGGAAAACGAAAUUUUGAUGAAAUCGAUAGAUCAGGUUUGGCUGGAUUCCGAGGAAAGAAAAACUUCGAUGAAAUAGACAGAAGUAGCUUUACAGGUUUCACCGGAGGCAAACGGGAUAAUCAUUAUUACCUUCGACAACUGGGCUUACCCUUUGGCUAUCGAUUGGCAAGCUUGGCACACAAUGCGGACAAGAAAAAUUUUGACGAAAUUGAUAGAACAAAUUUAAAUGGAUUUCGAGGAAGAAGAAAUUUCGAUGAAAUUGACUCCUCUGGGUUUACAGGGUUUUAUAAAAGGAAUUAUGACGAGAUUGACAAUUCUGGAUUCAAUGGGUUUGUAGGUAAAAGAAAUUUUGAUGAAAUUGAUAGAUCUGCAUUCAGUGGGUUCACCAAAAGAAAUAAUGCUCUGAAUGAGGAAAAGUUGAAGACGCCAAAGGCAUGAAAAGAGUAAAAUGUUUAUCACUCAUUCAUGGUUAUAUCGUAAUUUGUUUCAUGUGAAAUGCGUUUUCCGUUCACAUUUAUCUUGCAAUUUCAUUCAAAUAACUUUAAUUGCUUUCUUCUGAUUCAAACAGAAAAACCAAAUUCAAGAAUCUAAAUGUAUGAUAAAAUUUCAAUCAAAAAUUGUAUGUUCCUGUGAAAACUAAUAAAGCUGUUGAUUUUCAUAGUUUAA